CGCGGCAUCAUUGGAGGCGUAGACAACCGCGUCCUCUGGACCAACAAGGACUACCCUUACCGUGCCAUGGGUAGAAUCGCACUCUCCAACGGCGCAAUCUGUAGCGGUGCCUUGAUCGGUUCCCGCCACGUUGUCACAGCACGUCACUGCAUCCCAGAGAAUGGUGCUACUGCCCGUUUUCAGCCCGCCUACGACAAUGGCGAGGCACUCGGCGGCUACGACGUGAUCCGCGUCUUCCGUCCUGACUACGGUCAGGAAGGCUGGUGCGCCAACGCCUACGACUGGGCUAUCUUCGUUCUCGGCGAGAAGGCUGGGUCUACCAACGGCUGGCUUGGGUUGAAGACGGUGAACCCUGAUACUCAGCUCAACCGUGCCAUGUUCUUCCACUACGGGUACCCUGGCGAUAAGGGAGGCCAACAGGCAUACCGUCAAGAGGCUAUCACGGCUUCGUCCGCGACGCUGUGCGAUAGAGGCUCGCCUGUUGUGACUGAUGCCGAUGCUCAAGGCGGACAGUCUGGAGGUCCUUUCUGGAUCAACGAGAACGGAGAUCGGUAUCUCUAUGGUGUCGUUGUCGGAACCAAUGACCAGAUUACGGUUGUUGCCGGUGGCCCGUCUCUGCUUGAGGGCUACGGAAUUUUGCUGAAGGACUACCCU